AUGUCCGCCUUCUUCUCGUCUUUGCGCCCAGCCAUGCGCAUGGCCGGUGCCCCCCAAACCGCUCGCGCUUUCAGCUCCUCACCCGCUCAUUCCAUCGCCCGUUUGACUCUCACCGGCCGCCUCGGUGGAGAGCCCGAGCUGCAAGCCACCUCCUCUGGCCAGGAGAUCGUCAAAUACAACAUUGCCACCUCCCACGGCAGCCGCGACAACCGCCAGACCAGUUGGUGGCGCAUCACAAACUUCGUCCCCGAGGGCCCCCAGCGCGAUUUCGUCCUUGGCUUGCAGAAGGGAACCCUCCUGUACGUUGAAGGCGAUGCCAAGAUGGCCACUUGGGAAGAUGCCGAGGGUCAGACUCGGUCCGCUCUGAACAUCGUGCAGCGCACCAUGGAGGUCCUUAAGCGGCCCGAGAACAACGGCCACGGUGAGGACUCUCAGUAA